AUGUUCGAUGAGGAUGCGUUUGAUGCAUUUAGCGAUGAGCCUCUGCAGGACCGUGACGUGGUAGGAGUCGGGAACAAUGUGGCGAAGGUAGAGACUUCUGGAAGAAAGGAGACGGAGUCCAGAUCUCUGCAAUUUCUGGGGGUGUUAGCAGGAACUAGUGGCAGCGGUGACUUACCCUCAGUUUCCAGCCCAAAUAAGCGGAUAGCGGACGAGCCCUUAGAACCUAUUUUUGCGUACUGUUUUUUUGUUUUCGGUGAACUGAGUAAAAGACAACGACAGGCUGAUGAGACUGUUGAAGAAUCUCAGCUAUUUGCUGGAAUUGAAAAGCACAAACGGAACUCUAUACAUAAAAUUGUUACGGAAGGCAACUGCUCACAUGAUGUAGUAGUGCCGGCUGAUCAAGAUUUUAUACCUCUUAGGUCUCGUACAACGGAGCCAGCGAAAAGUUAUCCGUUUGUUCUUGAUGCAUUCCAGAAGGAAGCAAUUAACUGCAUUGAUAAUUCUGAAUCAGUUUUGGUUUCAGCGCACACAUCUGCUGGAAAAACAGUUGUUGCAUUGUAUGGACUGGUUUUGUAUGCUAUUGCUAUGGGCUUGAGGGAGAAGCAACGCGUGAUAUAUACUUCACCAAUCAAAGCAUUGUCAAAUCAGAAGUUUAGGGAACUACAGGAAGAAUUUUCAGAUGUUGGCUUGAUGACGGGAGAUGUUACGCUCAAUAGCGAGGCAUCAGUGUUGGUUAUGACAACGGAAAUUUUGCGUUCCAUGUUAUAUAGGGGUUCUGAAAUCAUGCGUGAAGUAGGUUGGGUAGUAUUUGAUGAAAUCCAUUACAUGCGCGACAAAGAGCGUGGAGUUGUUUGGGAAGAAACAAUAAUUUUAUUACCAGACAAUGUGCAUUACGUUUUUUUGUCUGCUACAAUACCAAACGCUCAACAGUUUGCAGAUUGGGUGGUAUUUUUACACCAUCAGGCAGUUCAUGUUAUUUGCACUGACUAUCGUCCAGUACCGUUACAGCACUUAAUAUUUCCUGCCGGAGGAAGCGGGCUUUACGAAGUAGUGAAUAUACAGGGUACUUUCCAAGAAGACAAGUUUGCGGAAGCAAUGAGUUUCCUCCAAAAAUCUGGUGAUGCCGGGGGUGACGGACAUAAACGUCGCGGAACUUCUGGUGCUUCGGAUGUAGUGAAAAUUAUUCGAACCAUUUAUGAACGUGAUAUGAUCCCUUCCAUUGUUUUUUCGUUCAGCCGGAGGGAGUGUGAGGCAUAUGCAACGCAAUUAACCGAUAUGGACUUUAAUGAUGAGCAAUCAAAGAAGUUAGUUAAAGAGAUUUACUUGAAUGCUGUUUCACUUUUGUCUGACGAAGAUAAAAAGUUGCCUCAGAUAGGCCGUGUUUUACCAUUUCUUUUGCGCGGAAUAGGUGUUCACCAUUCUGGCUUACUUCCUAUAAUUAAAGAAGACCGCGAGGGGUAUGUGUUUAAUCUGUUUACUUUUGAGGUGCUUUUCGCCACCGAAACCUUCUCUAUGGGUCUCAACAUGCCAGCAAGGACAGUCGUUUUCACUUCCGCACGGAAAUUUGAUGGGAGGGAUUACAGGUGGAUUACUUCGGGAGAAUUUAUCCAAAUGAGUGGGAGAGCGGGUAGAAGAGGCAAAGAUGAGAAAGGGCUUGUGAUAUUGAUGGUUGAUCAGCAAAUGGGGCAGGACGUAGCAAAGAGAAUUAUUAAAGGCUCGCCUGAUCCCAUAAAUUCACAGUUUCGUUUAACGUACAACAUGGUUCUGAACUUGCUCAGAGUCGAAGGAGUAAAUCCAGAAUUUAUGCUUGAACGGUCUUUCUAUCAGUUUCAAAAUUAUGACGCACUUCCUGAUCUCUAUAAAAAAGUAAACAAUAAAACCAUGCAGUUGAAUUCGUACAAGGUUGAAAGGGAGCUCGAGUUAAAGGGGUAUUAUCAGAUGGAGCGCCAGAUUGAAGUGUUUGGAGACGCUAUACGGGCUGUUGUAACAAAACCAGUAAAUAUUGUUCCCUUCUUUCAAGCAGGACGGCUUAUAAAAAUAGUCACCAGGGGGAAGGACUUUGGCUGGGGUGCACUCCUACAGUAUCAUAAAAAACCGAAUCCGCUCGAACCCCUUAGUUCUGAGAUGCUAUUUAUUUUGGAUGUUGCCAUGUGUUUUUCUCCAGAAAGCGUCAAAGACGUUACGAAUGUUUCACAGUUAAGACCGCCAAAGCCAGGAGAAAAUGGUGUUGUGGAGAUUGUUCCUAUAACAAUUGAUUGUAUUGCUGAAAUAAGUUCGGCACGCAUAAAACUGCCUCGGUCUUUGAAGUCUUAUGAAGAAAAACAGAGUGUUGGACGGUGUAUCAGGGAAGUGUUGAAACGUUUUGAUGGUGUACUGCCACCACUUGACCCCCUUAAUGAUAUGAAGAUCAAGGAUCGUAAUCUUGAAGAGAACAUAAGGAAGUUGGAAAUGCUAGAGAACCGGAAGAAGGAACACCCGCUCAAAGACCGACCGGACUUUGAGGCGUUAUAUUUAAAAUACAAAAACAAGCUAACAUUUGAAUCAGAAUUGAAAGCAGCUAAGGAAGAAUUGAAAAAGGCGAAGAGUUUAUUGCAGUUAGACGAGUUGGUAUGUAGGAAAAGAGUGUUACGUCGACUGCAGUAUUGCGAUGAGAAUGACGUUAUUACUCGAAAAGGUCGUGUAGCUUGUGAAAUAAGUUCUGCCGAUGAACUAAUGCUAACGGAGAUGUUAUUUAGUGGUAUUUUUACUGAACUUUCCCCCCAACAUAUGGCGGCUCUUCUUUCCUGUUUUGUUUUUGAAGAAAAAGUUCCAGUUGGCAAGUUAGCUGAUGAACUAAGUGGUUGUCUUCGUAAAAUGCAGGAAUUUGCAAAACGUAUUGCAAAGCUUACCAAGGAAUCAAAGUUGGAUAUUGAUGAAGAGAAAUAUGUUGAAUCUUUUAAACCUACUAUGAUGGAUGUUGUUUUUGACUGGUGUUCUGGCGCUACCUUUGCUCAAGUACUAGAAAAGACUGAAGUGUUUGAAGGCUCUGUUAUACGUUGUAUGCGCCGUUUGGAAGAAUUAUUGAGAGAAAUGAUCAAUGCUGCUAAAGCGAUGGGCAACAGGGAUGUCGAAGCUAAGUUUGAAGAAGCUCGAUCUAAAUUAAAACGCGAUAUUGUUUUUACUGCAUCUUUGUAUUUGUAA